AUGGAACUAGAGACUCUCAGGGCGCUCGAGAGCCCGGCGCGGCUUCACCAGCGGCGGGAGGAGGAGCAAGAGCGGGAGGAGGGAGCGGUCGGUAGCCCUGCGUCUGGAACCCGCAAUGGUGCUGCAGCGGCUGCUGCUCGAGAGUGCGCGCCAGGCAAUCCUCGGGUCCGCGGAGGUUGCGUUCUGGGUUUGAAGUCAAUAAAAGGAAGCUACCACAAUUUUUGUACUGCUGUGUGUAAAGAUGUCACUUAUACGGAACUUAAAAGCCUCUUGAAAUCCAAAAAAAAUAUGUUAAUUGAUGUUAGAGAAACCUGGGAAAUUCUUGAGUGUGGAAAAAUCCCUGGGUCUGUCAGUAUACCAUUGGAUGAUGUAGGUAAAGCUCUGCAGAUGAGCCCAAAAGACUUCAAAGAGAAGUACAAUGAAGUAAAACCAUCCAAAUCCAACAGUCUAGUGUUUUCUUGUUUAGCUGGAGUGAGAAGCAAGAAGGCUCUGAACACAGCAGUAUCUCUGGGCUUUAACAGUGCACAACACUAUGCUGGAAGAUGGAAGGAAUGGGCAACAUAUGAAUUUUCAGAGAAGAAACAAGGAAAUUGAAUUUUGGAAUACAACUGGCCCUUUCCUUGUGUACAUGCAACCCAGGACAGUGGAAUAAGCAAAAGAAUAAAAAUGUAGCCCUGGCACCAUUGGUUAAUGGCAAGGGGAUUUAUAUAAGUCAAAUAUUUGUUGAAUCCUUUUCUCACUUACAAAUUGAGAAUACCAUGUGCUCUGCCUACUUCCAAAGGCUACUGAGGAUUGAGGUAAUUGUAUGUGACUUGCCAUGGAAAUAGAAGGAUUGGGAUUCUAAAA